CGCCGCUCGCUUUUGCUUCUCCUCGCGGCGGUGUCUGAGCAGCCGCGCGCCCGCCUCCCUCCCGGGGCACCCACAGGCGAGCGGCGCCCACAAAGGGCCUUGUGACACGACAGAAACUGACCACACCAUGCUAUUUAACGUGUGUCACAAAGCACAGUACUUGCGUGAGAGUUUACCUGUUUGAGAGUCUUUUGUUUUGUAUUUACUGAAGUAAAAAACAACUUGACAACUGCUAACUGUUGCUUCUGGAGGAAAAACGCUCAAGAGGCCUUUUCGGAUUGGUGAAAUUAAACUACACUUCAGUAAUGCAGGAGGAGCAACAGUCGGAGGAAGAAGCUAACAAACUUGAUGGUUUAAAAACAGGAAGUGUACAUUCUUUGGAAAUUACUUUGGUUAUCAAGUAAAUAUUGGCUGCUGCAGAUCCAAUGUCCUCCUCUGAUGCACUGGAAGAUGACCAAAAGGAAACUUCAGACGCAUCACCGAAUAUUUCUGAUGCAGAUGCAUUUAAAAUUCUCCUGGAGAUGAAGAUGAAGAAGAGACAGAAAAAGCCCAAUCUACCAAGCACUGUGACUGAACUCGUCACUGAGGAAGGGUCUAAGGUGUUCGUGGUUGGUACUGCCCACUUCAGUGACAGCAGCAAAAGAGAUGUAGUGAAGACAAUACAGGAGGUACAGCCUGAUGUGGUUGUGGUUGAGCUUUGCCAAUACAGAGUUUCUAUGUUAAAGAUGGAUGAAAAGACAUUAUUAAAGGAAGCCAAAGAAAUCAAUCUGGAGAAACUUCAGCAAGCUAUAAAGCAGAAUGGAGUCAUGUCAGGACUAAUGCAAAUGCUUCUGCUGAAGGUCUCUGCUCACAUCACAGAACAGCUGGGAAUGGCCCCAGGAGGAGAAUUCAGGGAGGCUUUCAAAGAGGCUGGUAAAGUACCUUUCUGUAAAUUUCAUCUUGGGGACAGACCCAUCCCUGUUACGUUUAAGAGAGCCAUCGCUGCACUUUCUUUCUGGCAAAAAGUCAAGCUUGCUUGGGGCCUCUGCUUCUUAUCUGACCCAAUCAGUAAAGAUGACGUGGAGAAGUGUAAACAGAAAGAUUUACUGGAGCAGAUGAUGGCUGAAAUGAUUGGAGAAUUUCCUGAUCUCCAUCGAACAAUUGUAUCAGAGCGAGAUAUUUACUUGACCUACAUGUUGAAGCAAGCAGCUAAGCGAAUAGAACUACCUCGUGCUUCAGAAACUGAACCCAGAAAAUGUAUCCCGUCUGUUGUAGUUGGAGUAGUUGGGAUGGGUCAUGUGCCUGGAAUAGAAAAGAACUGGAACACUGACUUAAACAUCCAGGAAAUCAUGAGUGUGCCUCCACCAUCAACUUCGAGUAAGGUUCUCAGAUUUGUCAUAAAGGCAACGGUUUUCGGACUGAUGGGAUAUGGCUGCUACCGAAUAGGACAAAGGACAGUUCAAUUUAUUCUCUCGAUGCCAACAACACAGAACUGUCUUCAAAGGCUGACGGAAAUUAGACCUCGACAUUGAACGCCCAGUUGAAAUAGUGUCUGGAGAUAAUUGCAGAAAAGAGUUCUGAAGACAACACAUGCUAAUUGGGAUGAAAAAGAGGGACUGAGGAUUCUUGUCAUAGGUUCCGUUUGAUGCUGAGCAGUGCUGAAUUGCUGUGAAGUGAAUGGGUUGCUAUUAAAAGCUACACCAGCUGUGACCUAAUGAAUAAGUCUGCUUCCUGAUAAGUGUGUGGUAUGAAAGUACAUGAUUCCAGUUUGAGGUAAAUGAAAUAUGUUACACAUAUAUAUUAUAUAUCAUAUUCUAUAUUAUGUGUAUAUAUAAUAUAUAUUUAUGAUGAUGUAGUACAGACAGCAUAAAGAGUGUAUAUUCUUGACUUUUUUCAGAGGAACAGAGCAACAUAAGGUAACUUAAUUGUGUUUCUGCUCAACAGCGCAAGGACAUCUCUGAGUAGUGUUUCGGUAUAAUAAUACCAAAUGAUCAUUCCUGGUGCUAAGCACCUAUAAAAUGAUUUAGAAGAAUAUCUUCUUACAGAAAAUUUUGUACACAUUUAGGUUUUUUUAAACUUCAGAGCUUUCAAAAAAUAUCAGAACGGUACAGGCUGUCAGACGUACACCGCCAAGUUUCUUUGAGCCUUAUUAAAGAACUGAAAUGUUGCCUUUAGAAUUACACCUCACCUUACAGACAUCAGUAAUAGUUUUCUCCUCUGUUGGAAAGGUACAUACCCUUAUCAGCAGGUGUUGCUUAACUUCCAGUGUUUACAGGGCACUCUGUUCCUUUUGGGUUCAAUUAUUUAACUGUAUUAGUUAGCCAAAUCCUGUUGGCUUUAAGUUCAGUAUUAUAAACUUUUGAGGCUAGAAUUACUUACUGUCUAAUUUACUUUUCACGUUGCAAAGCUUUCUUUAUUUGGACAAGAUGUCUGGGAUUGAUAUGCAGUACUUGACCUUACUUUUCUCCCCCCACACAUGCAAUGUUUUGUUUAUCAGUAAAAUUUUUCAGUGGAUGAGUAUUUUACCUAUUUAAUAGAAAGAAAAGCAAAAAUCAAUUAAUUUUUUUAAAUAGCUAUGGGGUUGAAGUUUUUUUAUCUUUGCUGUCUGUUUGUAGAAUUAUGGGUAUGACUUCAACUACUGUAACGUUAAACACUUUUUUUCAGUACAUCUACUUCUAACCCUAUGUUCAUUAUGUUUUAUAGUUCUUUCUGUAUCCAUAAGACAGGAUUGCCCUUGAUUAUAAGUGCCCUUUGAAACAAACUAUUCCCUCCCCAAUGGUGUAGCAAUCAUAAUUGUCAUAUCAAUAAUGUUUUAAUCUCUUAUUUUAUGUUAAAGAGGUCCAUGUGAUACUGGAGCUCCUAUGCAACUGCAAAUUGGUUGAAGUGAAGUCCAUAUCUGUUCUGAUACCUUUAUGUGGGGAGGAGGAACUGAAUCUGAGGGAUGGCAGCAAGGAGAGGGUGAUUUUGGUUUUCAUACAAUUCAAUAAGGUUACCAAACUGUGCUUGGUUAUUGAUAAGAGUAUGUUUCCAAAGUCUUGUGUGGGGGAAAUGUCUUCACACAAUCUAUUAUUUGCCCAACAUUUUUGUGUCUGUCCUUCAUGCAGUGUCUUUUUAAAAGCUUUUUCUCUUUAACUCUAAAGAAAUGAAUGGCCUAAUCCUGUUUGCGUUUAUGCUACUGACAUCACUGGCGAGCUGGUAUAUCUAUUGGGCCUGGUACUCCAUUGCCUUGCACUUUGUGUACUUAUUUAGAUCCCAAUCCAGGAAACCACUUGUGGAGAUGUUUAAUUUAUAGGAUGUGUUUAAAUCCAUCCUGAUUAAAACACAUAUUUAAGUGCUUUUCUGAAUUGGGGUGUGCACCUGUGCAAGGGAGUGUAAAAUACUACCUACUCAGAGUGGCUGUAUUUCGUACUCGCUUUUCACAGAUGUAAGCGACAAUGCAGGACACAGCGGAAUUGGGUCCUUCGUCUUCAGUUUUCUAUUUAAUAAUGUUUGAAACAAGCAGUGAUCUGCAUUGAGCUUGAAGGCAGAAUUAGCAAAAAACUGACUAGAGUGACCACCGGAAUUCUGAGUCUUGAUUUUUUUGUAAUAAUUUAAUAAACUGUUUAGCAGUCCUCUUUGAAUAAUUUUAUUACAUUUUUAUGUACAUUUUUAAAGAAAAAGCUUAAGCCUAUUCUUCUCCUGGCUUUAGUGACCUACCAAAAGAUUGGGAGUUUUUUCCUCUCCUGAGAUUUCUCUAGGAGGUUUAGUUCAAUGUAUUAAUGUUUUGCUUUAAAAUAUCUGUGAUCAUAUCUGUGCUCAGGUAAUUUUACACAAAAGAAAAAAAACUAAGGAAAAUUGCAGACAAAUGAGCCUUAAAUUUGGGUGGGGCUAGCACUAAAUGAUUGUCUUGGAGCAUUUUCACAUGUUUAGUGUGUUUGGUUUUUUCCACAUCCGCACAAUUACCCACACCCCUGGAAAAUGGUUACAAUGUCAGUUACUCUUUGAUUUUUAUGACAAUUUGAUUAUUACCAAAAUUUAUUGUUUUUAAGUGUAUUGUUUCCCCUUCUGUGUCUCUUAAAAUAUAUAAACAGAUUCUUGAAACAAGCUGUUUGUUGAUGAAGAAUUUGUUCUCAAACUGGCAGAUCAUCAAAACCCACAAGUGUUUAUCCUGGGGCAAUCAAAUGCCUUAUGAAUUUGCAGAUCUAACAGUCCUAUGAAUCCACAUAUAAGUGAUAUAUGUUGUAUACUUGAUGUGCUAUACUAUCUGUGUAACAUGCUCAAUGUGUUACCCUCCAUUAAUUUCCCUCAGUGUUCUAGAGUCAAUCCUUUAAGUGUUAACAACAUCCAGUGAAAUUUAAACAUAUGUUGAAUUGUCCCAGCCCUCACUCAACCCUGUGAAGCCAUAUUGUACUUUUUGGUAAACUGUGCAUUUGCUUUAUGCAUUUGUACAUCUUAUGUAAAUUUGAAGUAUUUUUAACAAGCGUGUGCCUUUUAGUCUACAGCAGUUUCAAGUAAACAGCAGUAUGUUCUGUGUUAUCCAAAUAAAAUAUUUUAACCACU